AUGGAACUAGUGAAGGAGCCCGACCCUGACGCCGUGUUUGGCGAUGACGGGACGUUCCUCCACGACGACGACGACGAGCUGCAGCGGCAACUCGACGCCACGGGCGGGCGCUCGCGGCUGCGGAUGAUGGCGUCCGGGAUAGAGCUGGAGGGGGAGGAGUACCGCGGCCGCCGCAGCAGCAGGGCCGCGCUGUUCGGGGGCGACGGCGAUGAGGAGGACAUUGAUGGCGGUGAUGGUGAUGAUGGUGGUGAUGAUGAUGAGGAGGAGGAGGAGGAGGAGGAAGAAGAGCAGGGUGGCGGCGUGAGCAGCGGCAGCGAGGAGGCGGGCGCCGCGGCCCGGACGGCCAACGGCGUCGCUGGGGACGAGGGGUCCAGUGACGGGGAGGAUGAGGAGGACGGCGGCGGGGGCACCGACAGCGACGGCGACGCCCCCGAGGAGGCAGGCGUGCGGCAGCGAAAGGGGCCGGCGACCCCGCGGCGUCGCAGCAGCGGCAGCGACGACGACGACGACGACGACAAUGGCGAUGACGAGGGGCAUGAGGGGGAGGAGGAUGGGGAUGGCGUGGCCGUGCUGGCCCAGCUGCAGCGGUACCAGCGAGACCCUGAAAUGGAGGAGCUCGAGAGGCAGCACGCGGAGCUGCGGGAGCAGGCCGGCGAGGCGGCCGCGGCGCGGCAGCAGCGCGGCUCGCGCGAGGCCGCGAAGGCGGCCGCUGUGAGGUCGCAGAAGGCGAUUUGGGAGCGCGCGCUUGAGGCGCGGAUACUGCUGCAGCGACCGGUGGCGGCGGCGGCGCGGCUGCCGCGGCCGGGCGCGCGUGAUGCCGCGGCGGCGGCGAGCGGGGCCGUGCGCGACGGGUACACCGCCCUGCUGGCCUCAUGCCAGGAGACCCUGGGCUCACUGCUGGACGUGCACUCAGCGCUGCUGCAGCGCCACCCGCAGGCCUCCGCAGCGGCAGCAGCACAGCAGCAGCAGGAGCAGCAGCAGCAGCAAACGCCCAACGGUGUCGGCGCGCACAAGCGGAGCCGCGAGGCCGCGGGUCUAGACUCUGGCGCCGGCGAGGCAGAGCGCGCGUGGGCGAGGGUCGAGGCGGCGGUGUCGGCGGCGGCGCCGUUCCGGGAUGGCAGCCUGGACAAGUGGCACCGUCGCACGGUGCUGUCCAGCGGCACGGCCGCGCUGCGCGGCGGCGGCGGCCUGCGCGCGCUGCAGCAGAGCGUGACGGUGCAGGUGGCCAGCCUCAUGCGGGACGCGGCGCGGCUCGUGUCGCGGACGCAGCUGGCGCGCGCGCUGGCGCCGCGGCCGCUGUGCGGCGCCGCGGCGCCCGAGGGCGGGCAGCCGGAGCAGCAGCAGGAAGGGGGUGGCGAGGAGGGUCCUGGCGCGGACGGCGCCUCCGACGGCGGCGCGGCGUCGGGCGGCCGCGUGGCCGGCGCCGAGCGGGACCCUGAGACGUUUGACGACGGCGAAUUCUAUCAGCAACUGCUCAAGGAGCUGCUGGAGAGCGGCGGCGCCGCCGGCGGCGCGGCGGGCGGCGCGGCGCUGCAGCGGCCGCCAAAGCGGCGCAAGGCGGUGGAUAGGCGCGCGUCCAAGGGGCGGAAGCUGCGGUACCACGUGAUGGAGAAGCUGGCUGGAUUGUUGAUUGGUGAAACAAUGAGGUACACGCUGGUGCUACUGCUGGCGCUGGCCGUCGGCCAGGCCGCAGCAUGGAACUGCCCCGGCGGCGUGAAGGGCGCGGACACUGUGACGGGCUACUCGGUGUUCUUCGGCAUCAAGGGCGAGAGCAAGCCUCUCACAUACGUUGACCAGACCUCAGCCUGGAAGAAGUUUGGCCCCAUCACCAAGAUCAACCUGUACUACUCGUACACUCACGGCUGCCUGCAGGGCUUCAAGGUGGGCGGCGCCCCCACACAGGGGCUACAGUAG